ACUAGUUGCAGUCUGGAAGUGCAUCGGAGCAGUUAUUCAAUGUGCUUAGUGGUAAUUGAUCUCAAUUGAAGUGGCUUUGCAUUUAGAUUGUGCUCAAUUAAAGAAGAAAACAAAGAAAGUGUGUGGUGAAUAUUGACCUGAUCUUGUAAAAUAAAAUGCCGGUUCAAAUUAAGAAUGUACUUGUAUGCGAUGCCGUCGAUAAUUCAUGCGUCAAGUUACUCCAGGAUCAUGGAAUUCAUGUUGAUUACAAGCUAAAACUUAGCAAAGAUCAACUGGUGAAGGAAGUUAAGGGCUAUGACGCACUCAUCGUACGGUCGGACACCAAAAUAACGGCCGAAAUACUGGAUGCUGGUGCGGGUCGACUGAAGGCCGUGGGACGCGCCGGUGCUGGAGUCGAUAACAUUGACAUCGAGGCCGCAACGAGAAAUAAUGUUUUGGUUUUAAACACACCCGGUGGAAAUUCAAUCUCGGCAUGCGAAUUGACAUGUUUCCUAAUUGGAGCGUUGGCACGACCCAUCUGUCCGGCGGCUGGUAGCAUGAAGGAGGGUCGUUGGGACCGUAAGCUAUAUUCCGGGUCCGAGCUCUACGGUAAGACACUUGCAAUCCUGGGCCUCGGGCGGAUUGGACGUGAGGUUGGCACGAGGAUGAAGGCAUUCGGAAUGCGCAUCAUAGGAUUUGAUCCGAUUACCACGGCGGAGGAAGCUGCAGCCGCCGGUAUCGAGAAGAUGGAGCUGGAGCAGAUUUGGCCGCUUGCUGAUUAUAUUACCGUGCACACUCCGCUGAUUCCGGCAACGAGAAAUCUAAUUUCAUCGACCACGUUGGCCAAGUGCCGCAACGGCGUCAAGGUAGUGAAUGUGGCACGUGGCGGCAUUGUGGACGAAGCCGCAUUAUUCGAUGCACUGGAGAGUGGGAAAUGCGGCGGAGCUGCAGUUGAUGUGUAUCCAGAAGAACCACCGAAAUCAGACACCACUAAAAAACUCAUCAAUCAUGCGAAGGUCGUCGCUACACCACAUCUGGGCGCAAGUACGUCAGAAGCCCAGGUGCGCGUCGCGGUCGAAGUAGCAGAGCAGUUUAUAGCACUGACGGGCACGUCGAAGCAGUAUACACAGUAUGCCGGUGUCGUCAACCGGGAAAUAUUGAAGAAUGUCUUUUGAAUCAAAUUGAAGCAGAUAAUUUUGUUAACUUCAAUAAAAGCAACAGUUGACUAAUAAUCGAUGUUUCUAAUUUUGUCAUAAUUCAAUAA